AUGGGGUUACGUUACGGGCUGAUCGGCUUCCUUCUUGGGACAUGUGUUGGAGCUGAAUGCAGAAAUCUGGCAUCUGCGGAAAAGAUCAAAGUUGGAGCCCCCAGAGUAACCCUCCACCAAGCGACCGUUGAAGGGUUCGUCGAUCUCCACAAUAACUCCGUCUUUCUGGGAAUUCCCUUUGCUGAUACUACGGGUGGACAAAACCGCUGGAAGGCUCCUCAAGACGUCCCAAAAGCCAAACGGCACAAUAUCUUCAAUGCAACACAUUAUGGCGCAACAUGUCCGCAGGCCAUAUCUGGCACGCUUUUCUCGCAGCAGGGUGAAGAUUGUUUGAACCUCAACAUCUGGGCACCGUCUUCAGGAUCCAAUCUGCCAGUCUUCGUGUACAUGUACGGAGGCGCCAUGGUCACAGGCUCGAGCAGCAACCCCCAGUUUCAAGGCAACAACUUCGCUCGUAAGGGUGUGGUUUUUGUUAGCUUCAACACUCGUGAAAGUAUCUUCGCUUAUCCCAACUCGGCUGAGCUUGAGAGCGCAACCGAGUCUCAGAACUUUGGUAUCUUAGAUGUCGAAAAGGCUAUGGAUUGGAUCCAUGAGAACAUCGCCGCUUUUGGUGGCUCUCCAGAGAAGAUUGUGUUCGGUGGUCACUCAUCAGGUUCCGUUCAAGUCGACCACUACCUCUGGAACCAUCCCCAAACUUGGCUCGCAGGGGCUGUCCAGAUGGCUGCCAAUGCCAAGUCAGGCCCAGCUGUAGCCCCUGUAAACCAAGCUCUGGACAUUGUAGCUGCCGAGGUUGGUUGCCCUACUGGCGCCGGUCAACUGGAGUGCUUGCGCAAAGUUGAUCUGUAUGACUUCCAGACCGAGAAGUUCAACGCUACUUACAACACCUGGUUCACCCCUGCUGUCGACAACAUCACUCGCUACCAAGACUAUGAGAGCCGAUUUGCAGCUGGAAACUACGCCUCGCAUGUUCCCCUCUUAACCGGCAACUCGGAUGGCGAGGGUGCGGUGUUCGGUCUUGUUUACGGUGCAGAAAACACAGACUUUGAUGCAUGGCUUGACACGUUCGAUGCUGAUGUGGCCGAGAUCCCCAAAGACCUUCUCCUGGCCGCAUACAAUGCCUCGGACUUCAACACUGUUUCUGAGAUGAGCGGUGCGCAAUACGGGGACGCGCGGUUCUUCUGCCCAGUCGAUUACCUCAGGGACCUGAGGAGCAAAGCCCAGGAUACAUGGACCUAUCGUUUCUUUGGUGAUUACAGUAACAUUUGGGGUUUACCAGUCUCUGCACCGACACACGGCACUGAGAUUCCGUUCUUCCUUGGUGGAAAUGAAUGCUUCGAUGCUAUCAAAGAUGUGACAAAUGCAGAGCAGGCAUUGGCUGAUUACACUAACGAUUGGUUUGUCAGUUGGAUCAAGAAUCCAUCGGCAGGUCCUGGCUGGGACAAAGUCACUCCUAAGUCAGGAACGAUUGCGAAAAUCGGUGUGCCAGGCGAUGAACUUGCAAUUAAACUUGCGUCGACCGCCGACUUUAACGCAAGGUGUCAUUCAGUGUACAACCCAUAUCUUCCAAAAUACCCCGUCCUGAAGAAUGUAAACGGGCCGGAAGGUAUGAUUGCAAACUGA